GUGCCUGAUGGAAACAGCAGGAAUUAGAACUCAAGUUACAGGAAAAGGAAGGACUCCAUGGGAAAAACAACUGAGAAGUUCCCACUCAAAUAUAAAAUAAACUUCUUAAGUUCAGCUACUUGUCUGACAUGAUUUACUGUCCCAUUUCCUUCCCUUAAGAUCCAAGAAGGUGAAAUAAUGAAAAUUUUGCUUCCUCCUCCCAGAAAAGCAGAACAAGUAGGGCAGAGGAAGGUGUGUAAGAACCAUCCUAUGAUGGGAAUGAUUGAAUAGUGUUGUACACUGUGCUGGGAAGGUUUUUCUUUUCAUCCCAGGGAAAUUUGGGCUAAGGGGUAAUCAUCUGACAUCGCAGCAUUAUCUUAAUCCAAGUCACUUGCUCUCCACGCUGGCACUUGUGCCUUUAUGUUAAGCAAUCAGAGAAAUAGAGCCUAUGACAUCCAGAUCUGUAUUUGCAAUUUAGCUAAAACAGUUCAUUAUACAUUUAUUACUUUGUAUUUACUUGAAUUCAAACAGUGUGUUCCAAAACCUGCACACAGUGACACAGGUUGGAAUUCUCUCUAUCACUCUGCAAUCUCAUGUCUUGACCGGACAGAGGUGGGUGCCAGCAGAACCACAGCGUGGUUUGGGUUGGAAAGGCCCUUAAAGCUCCUGCAGUCCCCCCACCUUCACUAGCCCAGGCUGCUCCAAGCCCCAUCCAACGAGAUCCACAAGAGCCCACAGGUGAGGAGCCACGAGACGCUGGGACAGGCACAGGUGUGUAGGGAGAGGAGAUGAGAGGCACCAGCUGUGCUCACACCUCUCUCUGCUGCUGCAAUCUCACCCCACAAUGGAAAAACUGAAUUUUCCUCUCAAUGAGCCCCUCUACCCCCAUGGGAGCUGCUGGCACUUCUGGAAGCCUGAUGGUGAGUGACACAGCUGGGCAGAGAUGGCUCAUCCAUGAAACCACAGGCCGCACAUGGAGCUCCUCAGCUCCAGACCAGCCUCUUGCAUUAUUUACCUAGAGAUGAUUAUCUUUGACACCUUGGGAUUCCUGGGGGAAGAGCUCUGUGAGUUAUCACACGUUUUCCCAAACCCAGCUGGAAAAUGUUACACCUGCUUUUUGAGCACUGUGUGCCUGGAAAUAAAGGUUAAGCAACUUCCUUAUGGUUCUUUCAUGUACCAAGAGCGAGAAACAAAUCAAAAGCACAAUUCUCUGCUCCAAAUCAGCUUGGUAAUACAACCCUUUCCCCUGGUUGGCUAACUCAGAGCUACAGAAGUUAAAUUAGGCUUUUGAUCUUGACCACAAUAAUUUGGGCCAGCCCCCCUUUGCUUACAAAUAGACCAUGGAGUUCUGGUAACAUCUUAGGAGGGCUUUAAAAAAAGGAACAGCUGGCACAAGGGGUCAGCACAACUGACCAGACAAAGUACAAGUGGGAGGGGAGUAAAUCAUUAGCUCGAGACAGGCCUUGAACCAGAUCACUGCAGCAGAUGUAGACUUAGCAAUUCCCUCUUGCUCCAAAGCGAACUUUGCUCCUGUAAUAUCUGGCAGCUGAUGCAACGAUAAGAGAAUGAAGUCUAUAAAAAUGUAGCUGACAGUCUGGGAAGUCCUGACUGGAGCUCUUUGUGCCUCCUCUGCCCACGGCUGCUCCAAGUGACAGCUCCUGCUGGGAAGAUGCACUGGUGGAAAGUGAUGGCAGCCCUUCUGCUCUGCUCACUGCUGCUCAGCCAGAGCCACGGCGUGUCCCUGUCCCCCAGGCAGCCCCAGCCCCAGCCCCGCAGCGCCCGGCAGCGGCGCAUGACGCCCUUCUGGAGAGGAGUGUCCCUGAGACCCAUCGGGGCCUCGUGCAGGGACAACAGCGAGUGCCUCACCAUGCUCUGCAGGAAAAACCGCUGCCUCCUCUCCACGGCCUCGGCGUGAGCUGGCACCAAGCACAGCCUGCACUGUUACUGCUGACCAUGCUCCAUGCACUUGGGAUGUAUUUAUUGACUGCUCAGGAGCUGCAAGAGCCUCAAGCAAGCAGAGUAUUUGAUAUUUCUGUCACAUGUGCUGAUGAAAGGACUUUCAGGAGCUCGAGAGCAUCUCCUCCCCAGCCACGCCUCUGGAGGCCUCUGGCCAAGCUCAAUAAAAGGACUCUGCAUCUCCUGCUCGUUUGGUUUUUUUGUAAUGCUUCCUAUUAUUUAUUUGAAGGUGUGAAUUAAAAUAUAUAUUCAGCAAAGCAGUUUGGUUUUCCUUGUAUCUUGAGCAAAGCGGAUGGUGAGCACAGAGCUGGGGCUCAGUUCCAGUCAGACUUUGGAUAUUUAUCCUUCCCCCUGGCAAGAGCUAAAGUAGAUCAGACCCCAUCCCCUCCCAAUCUGGCUCUUAUCAGCCCUCUGAUAAAGCCCUGUUGGAAAGAGGGAGCCAAACUGAUAAUACUGAUAGCAAUUCCAAUAUCCGAAAUAUAUCCAGCAGUAAGUGGAAUGGGAACUAUUUACUUUUAAUUAGUUCU